UCGCCGGCGCGAGCUUAUGUGUAACGUUCCAAUUUUAAACAUUCAAAUUUCGAACUCCAUGUAAAAAUCUACGCCGGGACAGUUUAUUUUUUUUCUAAUUCGGACGUUGGAACUGAUACAUACAGCCAAGUGUUGCCAGUGGGAUGUUUUAUAUUCGUGAAUUAUUUAUGAAAAUGUGUUAUUAAAGUUUAUGUGACAAGUUGCGGUUAAAGUUCACUACGUUCAGUGGAUGUACUUGAUUGCUUGAACGUGCUCAAAUUAUGUGCUUUGCUGAACAAUAAAUUAAUUUUACUGUUUUUCGAUCAAAUUGAUAUGCCACAAGGACGUUCGCUAGUGAUGUGACACCAUAGUGCGAUAGCGUCCAGUAGACGCAGUGUGAACUAGUGGUGUGAUACAUCGAUAUCGAUAGUUCGUUACCGAAUGAACACACUAAUGCUGACGACUGGCUCAAUUGAUGAUCAGCCCAUGGACGGGAACAUGUCUUUUUCGUCUUACAAUAUGAUGGACUCCGGAGGCCCCGGCAUCGGCUCUCCCCCCACUUACCACAGAAGCUACGAGCAAUACGUCCAAGGGGCUGUUGAAAACAGCACAGACUCCGCGCAGGACCAGACCAGUCCAGAACUGGUCGUCUGGUCAACGCUGCCUUAUGGUCUCGACUACAGGACGCAAUACGACUACAGGAAUCCGUACGAAUCUAGAGAUUUCUCGACGCAGCAGUAUGCUAGAGCGCCGUUUACAACUAAAAUGGGACAGGCCAAAGCGCUCAAAGAGGCGAGGAUACGUAGACCCAUGAAUGCCUUCAUGGUAUGGGCGAAGGUGGAAAGAAAGAAGCUGGCUGAUGAGAACCCUGAUCUGCACAAUGCUGAUUUGAGCAAAAUGCUAGGUAAAAAAUGGCGUUCGUUAACCCCGCAAGACCGGCGGCCGUUCGUGGAGGAAGCGGAACGUCUGCGCGUCAUACAUAUGACGGAGCAUCCUAAUUACAAAUACAGACCCAGACGGCGGAAGCAGAACAAAACCAGACCAAAUCAACCUUCAGCGCCCGCUAGCGCGCCACCGUCAGCGUCUGCCGCGUUAGGCUCCCCCUACGCUACUGCCACAGACUCCCCAGAUACUCGCUUUUCUCAUAACCCAGGAGCUGGUUUCUCUCCGUAUAGAACUUCUCCCCUCGCCUCAGACUCAUACCAAACAAGCCAAUUCAAUGGACACGUCCAAACUCCGGAAUCUUCGCCCGCUAGGUCGCCUGAACCGCAGGGUAGAAGAAGUGCGCCAGCUGAAGCCCCGCUCCCCACUCCCGAUGCGUCUCCCGUAGAAAACGAAAAAGAGAACUUCCAGUACGAGGAAAGAAGGCGGGCGAUCAAUGCCUCUUCACUAUCCGAGUCCUAUUCUUACAAAUCAUACAGAACGCCCGGUUCCUUUUCGCCAGCCCCAGUCGCCGCUAUGGGAAUGGCCAACGGCAUGUAUGUUAUGUGUGCGCAAAGAUCUCUAGCAGAACAGCCACCACUUGUGACGGGAACGUUCUUUCCACCAGUAGCAACCUCGCAAGAUCAGCAAGCUCUAGGCGCUACCGCCCCACGAGUUUCAUCGGCACCAAGUGGGCCGAUGACCACUGAAUACAGCAUUCAAUACCACCCUUACGAACAAUAUGAGCAAAUGUAUAAAACCGAGGAUUCGUACGUGUCCCACUAUUCUGAGCAACCAAAAACUGAAUACGACAACAGCGGUACGUACUUUGCAGAAGAACCGCCGAAUCAAUCCCAGGAGAAUGAGCAGGGUUUCAUGCCGCGUUCCGAAAUGCGUACAGGGUCACCAGAAUCGGACGUGGACGCGCGGGAAUUCGAUAAAUACUUAGACUACGGUGCUGAGGGGACUAUGGAACAGCAUCAGCAGUACCGAUACGAUCAACAACAACAAUACCGGCCUCCGUACUGCGGUGAACAAAACCCUGGUCAGGAGUAUUGUGCGGAGAGAAUGUAUCCAUCUCCAUACGCCUCUGUGAUUGCAGGAACUCCUCCUUCCGCCCCGUACCCGCCAACUCAGCCGGUAUCAGAUGUAAGGCCUGACGAUGAAUUCAGCGUCAUUCUCGCUGGUGUUAGACAGACUUGUUACAGCAAUUGACUAGAGUUUAAACGUGUAGAUUAAACGGACUCUUGUUAUAGCUCUUAUGAAUAGAAUUUGCAUAUCUUUCCCUUUAAUGUGAUUGCCAAUUAUUGGAUUGAAUGAUAUGAAUCUAAUUGUCUAUAUUGAAUUUAAAUGUAAAAUAUCGUAUGCCAGGGUAUAAUAAUCUGAUUAAAAGCCUAUUUUUGAUGUAAAAGUAAUGACAAUAUACUUAAAAUAAGUAGGUACCCUAUACUUGUUAUCGAAUAUUACUGAUUGUUAAUAUUGAAAUAAAGAAAAUGUAUACGUUUAAAUUGAAUGUUCCUAAAAACAUAUACAACACCAUGUAUUUUGAUGUAUAAAUAAUUCAAACAUAACAAUGUUGCUAUUUUUAUAUGUUAUUUGGAAAAAGUCUUUUGACUUAUAUGUAUAUUUAGUAUUUACAAAUAAACAGAAAUCAUUCGUUUUAAUUAAAUUUAACACUGGAAAUCGAUUGCUUUAUACCAUAAACCCUUUAUAAAUACUUCAUUUUCAUCUUAAGUUUUAUAUAGUGCGUACCUUAAAAUGGUUUGUUUAGAAAGUAAAAGAAAUAAGAAAUGUAGCCAAAGGCUAAAAUUGAACUAAUUGACUUACAGAAAUUCUAAACAAACUACAUUUUGGUACAACUUUUUAUAUCUAUAUUUUUGGUGCUAUAUAAAGGGUCCACAAUAAUGAGUAGGAUUUAUUAUAACUAUUAUACCAAGAGGUAACGAACGAUGUUUCCUAUGUUAAAGAUUAUUUAUUUGUAUCUAUUUUGUAUAUUAUAUUUAGAUAAAUCGUCUAAUUAAUUGAUCUUCCAUAAGUCUGUAGAUAUAGCGUAAGUUUAUAUUAAUCAUUAAUGUUAUAAUAAGUUAUCUGUAUAAAAUAUACGAUGGUUAAAUAUCUCAUAGAUUAGUAUUUGUAUUAAUAUUAGUUAAAAUGUAUUAGAUAUAUUGCAAUUCCAUAGUUUUAGUGAAAUACACACGCACUGCGAAUCGUUCUUCCUGAUUGUAAGAAAAUUUAUAAAACAAUAAAAAUUAUAUUCGAUA